CGCGGUGAGCGGAGUUGAUCUGGUUCCACAAUAGCUCCCCGCACGACCAGGAGCACAGAAGCGGCAGGAGUGUGCGAGCGAAUUCGCACACCAUUUCAGAAUUAAGGCCGCACUUUCAGCAGUAGUAUUCCAUUCACGACGCCGCAAUGCGCCUGCAAAACCAUGCCGCUCUAUGCCAUUGUCCUGCGUCGGUAGAGGAGGGUUGGACCUGUCAUCAACCAACAACUGCAUCCACCACCAGACAAGUGCACAUCGGCCGCAAGAAGCCAAUCGAAUCGAUAUAUCGGCCACUUGAUGCCAGUUUAUUUGUGAGACUGGUGUUUGGAUACGACACAAUUGGAGCCAGUAAUUAGAUCGAACACAGCUGUUUAUUGUUGACGUGCGGCAGCGGGAAAUCUUUUCAACCAUGAGGGAAAACUCAAUCAAGUCCAUGUUCUCCGGAACUUACCCCCAACUGAUUGCUGUACUGACAUGUACAGUAAGUGCCAUAUCCGAUGGCAUGCAAUAUGGCUGGACGUCACCAAUACUGCAGGUCCUCAAAAGUCCGGACAGUCCAGUUCCUCUAAAAGAACACGAAGAAACAUGGCUUGAAUCCGUGUACAUGUUUGGUGGCAUAGCGGGCUUGCCCGUUACAAUUUUCCUGGUGGAUCGUGUGGGACGCAAGAACUCUAUGGUGGCAGCAGCAACUUGCAGCUUAAUAGGUUGGAUACUCAUUGCCAUUGCCGACAGAGUGGAAUACUUUUAUGCUGCAAGGUUUUUAACUGGUUUGGCGGGUGAUGUUGCCUUCGUAUCUGCUCCAAUGUAUGUGGCAGAGAUAGCUGAUAAAAAGAUACGAGGCUUCUUGGCCGGCAUGAUCUACCUUAUGAUGUUGCUGGGAAUUUUAGUUAUUUAUUCUGUCGCACCUUUUGUUCCAAUUUAUGUAUCUUCCAUUGUCGGAGGAGUUAUUUUACUGAUGCAGUUAUGUGCAUUCCCUUUCAUACCUAAGUCACCAUAUUUUCUGUUAUCAAAAGGAAGGAGAGAAGAAGCCUUUAACGCUCUAAAAAGAUUAAGAAUGCGUGACAACAUCGACAAGGAAUUCGAGGAAAUUGAUGCUGCAGUUCAAAGACAGAAAUCAGAGAAGGGUAGACCUCAAGAUUUAAUUCUGAUCAAAAGUAAUAGGAAGGCUUUAAUAAUAAUGACCGUACUAUGUGCUGCUCAACACUUUAGCAGUAUUAGUGUUAUUUUAAUGAAUUUGCAUCACAUCUUGGAAGAGGCCAAUUCCGUUUACAUGAGUCCGACAUCAAGCGGAAUCCUCUUCGCAGCCAUGAUGCUAAUAUCAGCGACAAUCGCCGAUUUCUACGUCGACAAGUUCGGAAGGAAGAUUCUUUUGACAACGUCCAGCUUGUUCACUGGUUUGUCUCUUCUGGUUAUCGCCGUCUACUUUUCUUUACAGAAUUCUGGUGUGGAUGUAAGCGGGAUAUCUUGGUUGCCUAUUGCAUCCGUCAUGAUUUAUGCAGCCGUCUUCAAGUAUGGUUUGGGCAUGAUACCUAUUGUUAUGACUGCGGAAUUGUUCCCAGCCAAAGUCAAAGCCAUGGGUAUGACCAUAUCAGAUGCUAUGUAUCUAGUGUUUGCCCUGAUAUCCAUAGAGCUGUAUCAAAGGUUAAGCGCUUUGUAUUAUUUGGACGUGCCCUUCUACAUUUUUUCUGCCUCUUGCUUGUUCACCGCUGCUUUUAGUAUGUUGUAUAUUCCCGAAACCAAGGGCAAGACGCUGGAAGAGAUCCAAUUUAUAUUAAAAGGAGAACCAUAUCCUCACACACAAACAACCGAUGAGAAGAUCGAACCGAUAGAAAAACCUGGCAGUAUCGAAGCAGAAUUCAGUACCACACAUUUAUAGGGGGCGCUAGUUUUGUGAUCAUCAAAAAUUACAACUGCCAGACAAUUGCAUCGUUAGUGAUUUUUUGGCACGAAAACUUCAAUCUGCAAAUGAAUACUUUCGCGACUGAUAGGUUGAAGAUUAUGUUUCAAAUUUAGUGACGAAUCUAGGGAAACAAGCUUUAAGUAUGUUACUUUAAAAAAUCAAAACUAGACAUAAGGUAUAAUCAAAUAUAAUAAAUUCACUCGCUUCCAGAUUGUAGUUUUAACAAUUCAAAACUAGAGAUAAUUCCUAGAUCCGGCAUGGUUAGAGUUUACACAUGGAUCGUGAUAUUUGCCUUUAACUUAAUUCGACUGUGACCUGAAGUGAUCUUUCUAAGCAAUUUUAAAUUCUAUUAGAAAUUUUAGAGUAUUUUUUAUAUUAGAUCAUAAUUCCAACCUAUUGUUUAUUUUGACAAAUAUAUUGAUAAAUUGUUAA